UUGGGGUGGAGGAGGGCACCCGGAAAGUAGUCAAGGGCCCCUGGGGCUCUGGACCUUUUUUUAAAGCCACUUUUGUGGGGUGGCAUUCCUGGCCCCCCACAUCGACUCUACACAAGCGCCCUUGCUGCUUCUCCCAAAGUCCACCGAACUUCUCCCAUCAUUCACAUCAGCAACCACGGGGCCUUGCUGGAAGGAGGACAAGAAGAAACUCCAAUUUUGUUCAAUAGGUUGGGAAGUUUGGGUACUGUCUCCCUCUCCUUCGUUGGGACGGGGUGGAGUAAGGGCUGGCCGGAGAGUUUGGAUAACGUCACAGAGACUUUUGACCUGAUUGAAGCAGCAGAUCAUUUCUCAUCAUGCCUCACUUUCCCCUGCUAAGCAGAGGAGGAAGGGCGGUUCACACUGCUUUCUAAUCAUCAGGCAUAAUAGUGCUGGCUCCAAACAAUAGGCCGCUAUCCUGGAGCACCUUGUUUUCGAGUGGCACCUUGUUCCUGCAGCCCCUCAGGUCCCAGAAACUUGUUUCUGAAGACGUGCCAGUACUUCGGCCAUGGCAGCGAUGAAGCGCAAGCGUGUCGUGUUGACGAUCCAGGAGAAGCUGGAAAUCAUUGAGAAGCUGGAAAAGGGUGGCAACACGAGGCAGCUGUCCAUAAUGUACGGGAUCGGCGAACAGACCGUCCGCGACUUAAAGAAACGGAAGGCCCAGCUGCUCUCAUAUGCCAACAGCUCCGGCUCGGCCACCCUGUUGGCCAGGCGCAAAUCCAUGAAGCAGUCAACCUACAAGGAGCUGGACCGAGCCAUGUUGGAGUGGUUCAACCAGCAGCGUGCCGAAGGGACUCCCGUGUCGGGAAUCAUCUGCGCCAAGCAGGCGAAGGCCUUCUUCAACGCCCUGGGCAUGGAGGGCGACUUCAACGCCUCGACGGGUUGGCUCACCCGGUUUAAGCAGCGGCACGGCAUCCGGGAGCUGAACUACCAGGGCGAGAAGUCCAACGGGGACCGGUCGGCCGCGGCCGACUUCCGGGAAGAUUUCGAGGAGUUUACUGAGAGCGAGAACCUGCAGCCCGAGCAGAUCUACAACGCGGACGAGACUGGGCUGUACUGGAAGUCAUUGCCGGCCAGGACUCUGGCCUUUGAGAAUGAGCGGCCCGUCGCAGCCCACAAACUGAGCAGGGAGAGGCUGACCGUCCUGUGCUGCGUCAACGCCACGGGCUCCCACAAGCUGAAGCUGUGCCUGGUGGGCAAGGCCGAGCACCUCCGCCUGCUCCGAGAGGCCAACCCGCUCGACGGGUCCGUGGACUGCUUCAGCCACAAGGAAGCGUGGAUGGACUGCUCCAUCUUCAAAGAGUGGUUCGACAAGAAGUUCGUCCCACAGGUUCGGGAGCACCUACGUUCCAAAGGGCUGCCCGAGCGGGCCGUCCUGCUGCUCGACUACGCCCCGUCCAAGCCCAACGAGGGGCUCCUCAAGUCCGAGGACGGCAACAUCUUCGUCAAGUACCUGCCGCCCAACGUGGCGGCCCUCAUUCAGCCCAUGGACCAGGGGGUGAUCGCGUGCAUGAAGAGACAUUACCGGACGGGGUUGUUACGAAAACACGUGCAGGAGGGACGCGACAUCAAGUCGUUCUGGAAUAACCUGACAGCCCAGGACGCCAUCACGGAAGCCACCAGGGCCUGGAACCUCGUGAAGCCCGUGACCAUCAUCAGGUCGUGGCGCAAGAUCAUCCCCGACCCGGACGACGAAGGGAUCUCCACUGCCGUCACUGGUCUGGGGGCUGCGGGCGGGCCGCCAUCCAGGGGUCCCAGAAAGGCCGGCCCCGAGACCCAGGAGGAGAGGAGAGGGUCCGGGUACCGCUCGGUUGGCAGUCAGCUGCUCCGGGCCAAGGAGAUCGCGUCCCGCACCCAGGAAAUCAAGGUGGAGCUGAACGAGAGUGAUGGGGAGGAGCGGGAGCUCGGCCCCGAGGGGCAUGUCAGCCACAGUGCCGCGCUGAACUACGUGGAGAUCCUGCUGGACUAUUUGGAGCAGCAGGACGAUGCUCUGAUGACUGAUAAACUCGUCCUCCACCGGCUGCGCACCAACAUCAGGAAGAAGGAGAGCCAGUCCAUGGAGAGGGCGGCUAUGACGGAUUUCUUGGCCAGCGAGUAGAGGCGCGGCCCGGACCAUCCGACUCGAGACGCGCGUCGAUAUUUAUGACCUCCUCCCCUAUGUGCUUUAAUGGAAAGUAAACCUACUACAUGUGU